CGCCUCUCACUCUUGCUCCGCCCCGAGGCUGCCCGCUCAGCCGCUUAGUUGAGUUUAUACAUUACGCUUAGGCCUGGAAAGAACGUGCGGCGGAUAACCGAGCGGACUGUCAGAACCAUGUCUGGCUGUCACGCUCAAGGAGACUGUUGCUCGCGGCCAUGCGGCGUGCAGGACAAGGAACACCCCAGAUUCCUGAUCCCAGAACUUUGCAAACAGUUUUAUCAUCUGGGCUGGGUCACUGGCACCGGAGGAGGAAUUAGCUUGAAGCAUGGCGAUGAAAUCUACAUUGCUCCCUCAGGCGUACAAAAGGAGCGCAUUCAGCCAGAAGAUAUGUUUGUUUGUGACAUCAAUGAACAGGACAUAAGUGGGCCUCCAGCAUCUAAAAAGCUAAAAAAAAGCCAGUGUACUCCUCUUUUCAUGAAUGCUUACACCAUGAGAGGCGCAGGUGCAGUGAUUCAUACCCACUCUAAGGCUGCUGUCAUGGCCACCCUUCUGUUUCCAGGACGGGAGUUUAAAAUUACACAUCAAGAGAUGAUCAAAGGAAUAAGGAAAUGUACCUCAGGAGGGUAUUACAGAUAUGAUGAUGUGUUAGUGGUCCCCAUUAUCGAGAACACUCCUGAAGAAAAAGACCUCAAGGAACGAAUGGCUCACGCGAUGGAUGAGUACCCCGACUCCUGUGCAGUGCUUGUCAGGCGUCAUGGGGUGUACGUGUGGGGAGAGACGUGGGAGAAAGCAAAAACCAUGUGUGAGUGCUAUGACUACCUGUUUGACAUUGCUGUCUCCAUGAAGAAAAUGGGAAUGGACCCAACGCAGCUCCCAGUCGGAGAAAAUGGAAUUGUGUGAGCCAAGUGGAUGCCUAAAUAUCUUCAAGGCUUAAAUAUGGCUUGAAUAAAACUUGACUGCUUUUAAA